CAACUUCAGACAAGCAAUGCUCCUUCAGUGAGCUUUAUGCCCGGAAUUACAUACCGGGGGCAAAUUGUCUGCACGUCGAAUGCUGGUCUUCCAAGGUAGGAUGUGGUCAAGCUAGGAAUUGCAAGCUCCUCCCGAAGGCUCAUUACCCUCAACAACCAGCAUUGUCCCAAGGUAAUUGAGUACUUUACACGACUUGAAGACCAAGAUGACCACCAGCGUAACAUCAACCUGCGGAUGCGGGUCCUUCAAUCUCAAAGUCGACUUCCCCAACGACUCAGUUCCACUCGAUUGUGGCCUGUGCCUUUGCGAUAGCUCCCGACGACUCACAGGCUCCUGUGGGGUUUCAUAUAUCAUUGUACCCUCGAACCAACCAAUUGACAUCACAAAAUUCAAGUUGACAAGCUACGAGACGACUGAUCGAUCGGCGCAUUAUUUUUGUCCAACCUGCGGGGCACAUGUCCUGGUCAAAGUUUCUCACAAUCAAUCUUGGCACCUUGCCACUGGUCCUUUGGAUCGAACUGAAGGCAUCGUGAAUUGGAUUGGGUCGAAGUGGGUCGAUAAUACGCUGGAUGGGGGAGUAAGCAUUUGGCUUAAGGAAAUCGUUGGACCGGAUGGGAAGAAGAAGCCAAUGCAGAGAUGGCUCCGACAAGAAUGGAACGGUGGGGCAUUGGUCCCUGACCAUAUUCCACUGAACACCCUGCCAGAGGAGAAGAAGUUUCUUACAAAUCCGAAGAACCUGGAGGCACAAUGCCACUGUGGAGGUGUCAAGUUCUACAUCACUCGCCCGAACGAAGAGUCAAAGGAGGCCAAGUCGCCAUUCCCGGAUUUGAUGGUACCUUACCAUUCUCAUUCGCCAGAAAAUCCGAACGAGGAGACCUGGUGGCUGCGAGGCAAUGAUACGAAGUACCUGGCCGGAACUUGUACGUGCAGGUCUUGUCGUGCCACUUCUGGAUUCGAGAUUCAGCCUUGGGCAUUUAUUCCUAAAUGCAAUGUUUUCCAGAAGGAUGGAUCGCCAAUAGAUUUUAACCUCGGAACAAUGAAAAGCCAUGAGAGCUCGAAAGAUAUCUGGAGGGAGUUCUGCCACGUCUGUGGAGCGACCAUUUUCUGGCACUGCAACGAGAGACCCGAACUGCUUGAUGUCAGUGUUGGAUUGCUGGAUCCUAAAGAGGGUGCCAGAGUGGAAAGCUGGUUGGAUUGGUGGACUGGACGAUGCAGUUUUUCAGAAGACGCAGUUUCCACGAGCCUUGUUGCGGCACUUGAACAGGGAUUGAAGCAAUGGGGUGAAGAGAGGGCAGCUGAAGGCGAAAUACUGUGAUUCUCCUGGCUCCAGAAGAUGAUUCAAUAAUGAUCUGCUCUGGACGUCCAUGGACUGGAUGGUUUUGGCCGAGCGACUUCCAAAUACUCCGGAGGAGACCCUUCCCUGUAUGGGUCCCUCCGAAUAUCCUGUAGAGCAGGUUCUGAAAAGGAUAAACAGUAAAUCCAUCAGCUUUUGAAUAGAUAAACUCAUUGUCCAUGCUCGAC